CCUCAAAGUUUACUUCCGUGUUCGGUUCAAGCGAAGCACUUCCAUUUCUAGCCUUUGAAUUUGUAUGAUCUGAAAAUUUAGAUGUGGUGCCUGAAUACUUCUGGAGAGAUGAGUUUUUACAGUGAUGCGUCUUCCGAAGAAAUCGACGAAUUAGAGACUUUGCGGUGGUACCACUAUGACCUGUCCCGCCAUGCUGCAGAAGCCCUUCUCUUGUCCAAUGGAAAAGAUGGAAGUUACCUCCUGAGAAACAGUAAUGCGGGACCAGGCUGCUUCGCCCUGUCUGUCAGGGCAAAGGAUUCAGUAAAGCAUUUUCAUGUGACACGCAAAGACAGUGGGUAUGCUUUUGGCUUUAACGAGUUUUCAACCCUCCAAGACUUUGUCAGCCACUUUGCUAAUCAGCCUGUUCUGGGCAGUGACACAGGAACUCUCAUUGUGCUGAAGUGUCCAUAUCCCUGGCAUGUGGAGGAACCAUCGAUCUACGAGUCUGUGCGAGUUCACACUGCCAUACAGACAGGCCGUACAGAAAAUGAUCUAGUGGCAAAUGCACCAUCGCUGGGCACAAAGGAGGGCUAUCUCGUGAAACAAGGAGCAAUUAUGAAGAAUUGGAAACAGAGAUGGUUCACACUGAACAGAUAUGAACUGAAGUACUUCAAAAACAAAAUGUGUGAGGAGCCCAUUAGAACACUGGAUCUGCGAGUCUGCUCUGCAGUCCAGUUUGACUACUCUCAGGACAGAGUCAACUGUUUCUGUGUGGUGUUUCCAGAGCGAACAUUUUAUCUCUGUGCAAAGACAGGUGUGGAGGCAGAUGAGUGGAUCAAGAUCCUGAGGUGGAAACUGGUUUGUUCACACUACAUGUUGUACACAAUGCUGGCAAAAGUGAGAAAAUUUUUCCAGUAACCUCAAUAGCAAGUCUGCUACAUAGUACUACAAAAAGUGCCAAAAGAACCAUUGAUAAUGGUAAACAUAGGCAAGCUGCCAAAUGGUACUUGUCAGCCUUAGGUAAUCUGUGAAAGAGUCCUGGGUUGUAACAGUACUUGACAUGUGCCAAUUGUGUAGGGAAUGCCAUUGACAAAAUCUGUCUAUUUGUCUGGUUUACUGAGCUUUAGGUCUACUAAUCAAUCUAAACUAUUACUGAAUGACAGUAAGUGAAAACUCAGCUCAACUUGUCUAACUUAUUUAUUUUUACGAUGUUCACUUGUUAACUAUUAAGGAUAAACACAUUACAUACAUUACAUAAUUUAAAUGAACGGUUAACUUUACUAAGUUGCAUUGUUUUUUUCUGUGUGCAUUGAGACUUCAUAUGUUUUCAGUCACAGAUAAGAAAAGAUCAAUGAUGGAUGUCAUUGGAGACAAUGGAUGGUAAAAAGUCGACUCUUCAUGGACGACAUCACAUUCACUGGAUAAACAAUGAAAAACAACAUUGUUCAAAACAAAAGAUUAAAUUGUACAUUUGAAAUUCAUUGUAACAUUUGAUUUAUCCAGCCGUUAUGUAAGUGCACUGUACCCUCUGGACAAUAACAAUAUUAUUGUGAGAUUCAUAUUACUGUGGCAGUCUUGUUUGAUUUGUUUCCCAGAGAAUAUUCAUUACCUGUAAACUUUAACAUACCACAUUUGCUUUCACAGUUCUUGCUUAAAGGCUCUGUUAUUUCCAGUAACCACCUCUGUAAUUUUACUAAAGAUUACUGCUAUUCCCUAUUGUUUUCAGUGGCAGGUCAACAUUUUCUGUUCUAGAGUAUAUUUUUGGCUGCAGAAUGGUGUAUGUAGGAUGCAUAUAGUUGAAUCAAAAUAAACUACAGUGUAUUUUAA